AUAAUGGUAUAGACCUCUGGUUUUGCCUCUGGUAUAGAUUUUGAUUAUAUUAUUAUUUUAAAUUUAAAAAAUAGAUAAAAAAUUAAGAAUAUUGUGUCUAUCUACCUAUUCUCUGGUGUCCAUUAAAAGAAAUUCAAUUCUAUGUAUAUUCCUAUACUCGUAUUAUAUUAUAAUAUAUUAUCAUUGUUUAAAAAUGAUAUUAUGCCCAUCUAGAAUCUAGAAUAGGCUACAAACUUUUCUAUCUGCUCCUAGCUACAAGUCUUUAAAAAAAAGGUCUUUGGUAUAUGGAUCAAUAUGAAAUGGAUGUAAAUAACUUUUUUCCAUAAUCAAGAUUGUGUAGCUGUAUGGUGGCUGUGACAAUAAAUAUACUUUAUUAUAUACUUUUGUUUUUCAAUAGACAAAUGUAUGGACACGGCUAUGUCAGCUUAUAAAUGGUAAAUUAUUCAACAUACCCUUUGGAUCUGAUGUGAUUUUGAGUUCCAAAAUAAAAAUGGAAUGGGAUGGUAAGCAGCCAAUAUGUAGAGUCUGUCUAAAAGUUACUGGAGAGUUUCAAACAAUUUUCACUUCAAUAAAUACUGACCUUUUGUGUGAUAAAAAACAUAUUUCUGAAAUGAUCUGUUCUUUCAGUAACAUACAGAUUACUCUAGGGGAUGGUUUACCAGAGCAAAUUUGUUAUUCAUGUGUAACUGAAACACUAAAAGUAUAUGUCUUUAAGAAGCGUUGUGAAGAGAGUGACAAGUUCCUUCGACAAAGAAUUUUGCAGCAUUUAGAAAAUAAUGUAACUAAAUGUCAUUCUAAAGAUUAUAGUGCACAACAUUUCAAUGACAAUGAUUUUGAUACUGCAGUGAAUUUAAGUGAUGAUAAUAGUGAAACGGGAAAUGAAGAUUUGGUAACAUAUUUAUAUCCUAUACAAAAUUCAGAGCUAGCGACUACACAACUUGAAUGUGAUCCAUUAGAUGCUACUCUAGAAAUACAAAACAAACCUUCUAAUAAUGAAAAAUCAAAUAUUACCAUCGUUAAAAGUGCACUGCUUAUUGGCAAUUUCUCAUGUAAUUUGUGUAAGUGUGAUUUUGUAAACGAGGCAGAUUUGGAAAAGCACUUGGAAGGGCAUUACAACUCAUUAAAUACUAAUAAUUAUAGAUCUGGAAUUGUGGUAUUAAAUCCAGAAAACUGUCCACCACUAUUUUCAUGUAGUUUAUGUGAAAGCAUAUUUGUUGCUGAAAUUAAUUUCGACAAACAUUUAAAGGAACAUUUACACACUUUGAAUAAGAACGAAGUCAAUAGCUUUAUUUGUAAGUUUUGCGGAAAACCGAUAGAGAGCAUUGAGAUUUUUAAAAAACAUAUUAAAUUUGAGCAUACUAGGCCCAAAACACCUACGGAAACUCCAGUGCCUCUAAAAUAUCCCAAUGAUGUAUUAAACAUUAACCAAUCAAAACAUUUAUCCAGUGUUUCAAGUAAAACAAGUUCGAGUAAACGAGAACUUAAAUCUAACAGUAAGAAAAAGAACAGUAAUAAUAAGAAAAAAUCAUCAAAGAGGAAGCCCCAUGUUUGUGAAAUAUGUUUAAAAGCAUUCAAUCAAAUUUCAAAUUUAAAUGAUCAUAUUAGGACACAUAAUGGGGAGAAACCGUUUUUAUGUCCUACUUGUGGGAAAGGAUUUAAUCAGCUAGGAAACUUAAGGCAACAUCAAGUACGACAUAGUGGCGUCAAACCUUAUAUAUGUAGUAUAUGUAAUAAUGCUUUUGCAAGUAAAGGCGAAUUAAGAGCUCAUUCCAGGAAGCAUACAGGAGUGAAGCCGUUUGUUUGCAACACUUGUGGUGCUGGAUUUAGCACUUCCUCAUCUUUAACCAAACACAAAAGAAUUCACUCUGGCGAAAAACCCUAUAAAUGUGAAGUUUGUAAUUUGAAGUUUUCAAGAUCUGGCAUAUUAUCUCGUCAUCGUCGUACUCACACCGGAGUUAAACCCCAUGUGUGCAAGUUUUGUAAAAAAUCUUUCACACAAGCAUUUGAUAUGAAUGCUCACUUGCGAAUUCACACUGGAGAGAAGCCUUUUGCUUGUGAUAUAUGUGAACAGUCGUUCAGACAGAACACAGCAUUGCGACGUCACAAAAAGACUCAUAAACGUUCAGGAUAUACUGUCUUUUUAAAUGACUCUAGUUGUGAACCAUCUAUAAAACCGGAACAACAUAAUUUUGUCAAUAAUAUGCAAGAACAAGAUACCCAUUCCAUAAGUUUUUAAGUUUAUUUAAAAAUAUAAAAUUUAUUUAGGAAUCA